AUGGCCACGGUGGCGGCGAAGGCGGUCCGCGGGGCCGGGGCGAGGGUGACGGUGGCGGCGGCUGGCCUGCGGAGCGGCGGCGAUGGCGAGGCUGCGGCCCGGGGACUGUCGCGCGGGAGCCCGGCUCGGCCCUUGUGCACGGCGCCCGGCCCCGCGGGAGACAUGAAGCGCUACCUGUGGGAGCGCUACCGGGAGGCGAAGAGGAGCACGGAGGAAUUGGUUCCUUCAAUUAUGAGCAACUUACUGAAUCCAGAUGCCAUUUUCUCGAACAAUGAGAUGAGCCUGUCGGACAUUGAGAUCUAUGGCUUUGAUUAUGACUACACCCUGGUGUUCUACUCGAAGCACCUCCACACACUCAUCUUUAAUGCUGCUCGGGACCUUCUUAUCAACGAACAUCGGUACCCUGUGGAAAUCAGGAAGUACGAGUAUGACCCAAACUUUGCCAUUCGAGGACUUCAUUAUGAUGUACAGCGGGCUGUGCUGAUGAAGAUCGACGCUUUCCACUACAUCCAGCUGGGAACCGUCUACCGAGGCCACAGUGUUGUUCCUGAUGAUGAAGUCAUUGACAUGUACGAGGGAUCCCACGUGCCCUUGGAGCAGAUGAGUGACUUUUAUGGAAAAAGUUCUCAUGGGAACACCAUGAAGCAGUUCAUGGACAUCUUCUCACUGCCAGAGAUGACCCUGCUGUCGUGUGUGAACGAGCACUUCCUGAAAAACAACAUCGACUAUGAGCCCGUGCACCUGUACAAAGACGUCAAGGACGCGAUUCGAGAUGUCCACAUCAAAGGAAUAAUGUACAGGGCGAUCGAAGCAGAUAUUGAAAAGUAUAUCUGCUAUGCUGAACAGACCCGUGCAGUGCUUGCCAAGCUGGCUGAUCAUGGCAAGAAGAUGUUUCUUAUCACCAACAGCCCCAGUAGCUUCGUGGACAAAGGGAUGAGAUACAUCGUUGGGAAAGACUGGAGGGACCUAUUUGAUGUAGUCAUAGUUCAGGCCGAGAAGCCAAACUUCUUCAAUGAUAAGCGGAGGCCUUUCCGAAAGGUGAAUGAGAAGGGUGUCUUACUCUGGGAUAAGAUCUACAAGUUGCAGAAAGGCCAGAUAUACAAGCAGGGCAAUUUGUAUGAAUUUUUGAAGCUCACUGGGUGGAGAGGAUCUAAAGUCCUGUAUUUUGGUGACCACAUUUACAGUGACCUGGCGGACUUGACGCUGAAGCACGGCUGGCGCACUGGAGCCAUCAUCCCUGAGCUCCGAUCCGAGCUUAAAAUCAUGAACACCGAGCAGUACAUCCAGACCAUGACCUGGCUGCAGACCUUGACUGGGCUCUUGGAGCAGAUGCAGGUUCACAGAGAUGCUGAGUCGCAGCAGGUUUUGCAGGAGUGGAAAAAGGAGAGGAAGGAGAUGAGAGAGAUGACCAAGAGUUUCUUCAAUGCCCAGUUCGGGAGCCUGUUUCGCACCGACCAGAACCCGACGUACUUCCUGAGGCGCCUGUCACGGUUUGCCGACAUCUACAUGGCGUCUCUGAGCUGCCUCUUGAACUAUGACGUCCACCACACAUUCUACCCCAGGAGGACUCCUCUGCAACACGAGCUGCCGGCGUGGUCAGAUAGCGCCGCCCUCAGAGCCCCCCUGCGGCAGGAGGCCCAGGCCAAGUAACCGCGUGUCACUGUGGAAAAAGCCCAAAGCAGCCACGGCUCCUCAUAGGAUGGACUUUAUAACAGGGCAACUUUAUGUCGGUCUGAGUGUUGCUUUCUGAAAAGUCAAGUAUGCCUUUUGAUACUUAUUUUCUACCUUGUGGAAACUUGCCCAGGUUAAGACAGGAGCUGGCCACCCUGGGUCUGGCCUUCCUCCACAUGCUUGGCCUCAUGGCAGCCUUCCUAGUGACACUCUGAUGCAGCCUUGUUUACUUCUGGGAUGGGUGAGAGCGCUUGAUGCCAUCUGUAUUCAGCCGGUAGAGUGGAACAUUUCCUGGAUGUUUACAUGCCAGACGCUGGGGCUGCAGGGCCCAGUGACAUGGGAAGACAGCAAGCUGGUAGAAGGCAGAGGACUUAGUGCGCCCUUCAGUGGCUCAGUGCUGCAGCAAGGAGCAGAGAUGAUGCCCAGUGGCAGCCAGCCAGUUCCCAAGUCUUCUGGUCCUGGGCUUUGGGGGUCUUCUUACGCAUCUCUCAGGGAAGGCCUCGCCUCCCUGAAAGGCCCGAGCAGAGAAAGAACAAGAAGCCUUUGUCCUCGGUGUGUUUGCUGGGCCUGCCUCAUGCUGGGCAAGGGCAGUGUGCCCAAGUGAGUGGGCCUCCCCUUUUCCCCAGGGAAGGGGCCCAUACAGCUGUGGCUGAAUUCGCAUUUCAGCUGGGGACUCAGUUGUAGAAUAAGGCUGCAAGAAAAGAAGCCAAACCUUAGUGCGUGGUCUGUGUGCUGAGACCCCACGGCCAGUCCUCAGCAAGAGUUCCUCCCAGAGCUUUGCUCAGCUCCUCCUGAGAGCCAGGCAAGAGACGUGUGCUUUUCUGGAGGGGAGAAUCCUUUAUUCUGUCUGUGUUUGCAGUGUCUUAUCAUAAAGUAUCUAUGGCCCCUGCCUAGCCCCUCCCUCUCUCAGUGCCAUGGGCGUGUGCUGGUAGUCACCAUCCGGCCAUCGGUGUCAUUGCCAGCGCUACCUAGUGCUGUGGACUCGUUGGCCUCAUCUCAUCCCAUCUCAUCAGGCUCGUUGAGUGUGACUUUUAUUCAUUUUGUUUUUGUUUUCAGACAGGGUCUCCCCAUGGAGCCCAGGCUGGCCUCAGACUCGAUCCUCCUGCUGCAGCCUUCUGAGCACUGUGAUUACUGGUGUGCCAAGAUGCCUUUUAAGGCUUAUAGUAAAUCUAAAGAAUGGAGGCUGUGCAAGUGCUUGCUCAUUUGGCAUUUGUAUUACACCAAGUAGAUCAUAAUAAGCCAGCUGUUGGUAGAAUGUCAGUGUGGCAUUCCGAAGGCUGCCUGCCAAACGUAGGGGUUAAUGAGUUAGGCAGCAUCCUUUGUAGCCACGUUACUAUGUGAUCUUGUGGGUAACCCUCAUGGCUGUGGCAACCCUUGAGACCCCUUCUUCUGUGUUGUAUUCUAAGCACAGUGGGAUACAGAACAGUGGUCUCGUCUUCUCCAGAACGGGGCGGGCAUUCUGCUAUUUGCUUGCUCCUAGCUGUUUUAGCCACCAGGGUGUCUUGGUGGCUGCCAGCUAAUGAUGGUAGGCAAUGCUCAGCAGUGCUCAGUGUCAAUGUCCCCAAAGGGGCCUCAGUGCUUGGACAGCUCCUCGUUUCUGCAUUGGAGAAGCAGAGUGAGGACACUGGAGACAGGAUUGUCUGUCUAGUCAGAUAUUCCGUAGAUAUAUAGAGUAGGUGCCAGUUAGUUUUUGUUUACUCAAGACUGAAGCACAACUAUUUUUAAAACACAGUGUCUUGCAUGCCUAGAUCAGCCUUGGAGGGGAACAUUUUCUGGGUAUGAAUAAUGAAUUAUACAUUUUUUUUUUUCCUGUGUAGGAACAUUUCAGUCUUGUGGGUUGCUGAGCUUAGCAGUACAUGGCGGAGGUCUGGCACUGGCUGUGUAGAUAAGCCCAUGCCAAGACAGCAUGUGGCUUAGUGCAGUGUCCCCUCAGGAAAGACAGGGUUGUGUUCCCACUUGGUUACUGUCCUUGUCUAGCUCAGUCAAGGCAGAUUGAGCUUGUCACCGCCAUCACUGGCAGAGAAGUGGCCACUGUAGCAGGCAGCUCGCCCUUUCUGGUUUGUCCUUUGCAUAUUGUACAAGGAAAGUAAGUCUGUGUCCUACCAGUAAAAAUCAACUUGGAAACAGGUAGAAUUAAUCUGAACAUUAAAAAAAUCACUGUCUUUAAUAGUGCUUAGACUGAUUUUCUAAGAAUUAUGUGAACAAAAAUUCACAGCCCAGGGUGCCAUAGCAGGCGCCCACAGAGGAGGCAUUUUUGCUGCUAAUUUUCCCCCACUGUUGCUUUUAUAAGGGAGAGCCGCACUUGGAAUGGCCUUGGGUAUUUGCCAUGAGGCUCCUGCUUUCCUCCAGUGAUAUUCUCUCUCCCUUUUCUCUUUUCCUCUUUCUCAUUCACUGUUCACCACCCCCCCCCCUUACCUUUAGCACCAUCUCUAUUCACCAUGAACACCACCUGCUAAUGAUCCAGGCAUGGCUCAGACUAAAUUACUAGUUGCUUGGAAUGCAUCAGCCCCCUUAAUUACUGCAAAGGAGAAGUGAAAAGCCAUCUUGCCUCUUACCUAAUUUAGUUUUGGGCGAACUAAAGGGCUUUUCCUCUCUUCGCUCAGUGGUGAGUGUGCUAAGCAAGCAUUGAAGAUCCACUUUGCCCAAAUGCUCACUUGCUGUCAGAGCUGCUAGGGGCUCUUGUCUACAGUGCUUUGUGACUGAAUUCGGCCAGGCGCAGGUUCGUUCCUUCAUUGCUCUAUUUAACUACUGGGAGCCUGCCUUCCCCUCCUGACACUAAUUUCCUUUUGCAACUCCCCCUCUUUUAUUUGGCUUAAGUAUUAGGGAUCUGGCCUCCAAGUUCACCCCAACUUGGCCACCACUGGAGGGUUGAGUAAAGGAAAGGGGGGGGGGAGUAAAGUUACGCUCAGGGCCAGCUGGGUACCAUAUUUAGCUUUGCAGGCCGUUCACUGUUGCUUCCCCUGUAGGACUAGACCAGGCCAUGGGCUAGAUUGAGCCCUUGGCUCUGAUGGCAAGAUUCCUUUGCUGCGAGGACAGAGGAAUAACUCCGUAGCUGGGCGUAGCCAGUAUAAAGUCUGUAGGUCCGUGUUCCCUUAAAUGUUACUGCCUGGGCAUAUUUCCUUACAUGGCCAGUGGUCAAAUGUCGUGUUUCCAGCAAGUCAGGAUUGCUUCGUUGUACAGACUUGAGCUACCUCUGUGUGUGUUUAUAAUUGUGCUGGUAUUGGGUGCUGGGCCCAGGCCUGAAGGACUUGUUCCCCCCUGGCUGCUGGAAGUCACUCCUUUUGUGAUUUCCACCCCCUCUCCCCCACGCAUAGCCCUGCUCUAUAUGGAGGUACAGGGCUUGGCCCCUCCAGUCCCCAAUUUGGGACAGCUCUGUAGAGCUCUCCAGCUCUAGAGCUUUCCAGUGGGGGCCUCUGCCUGUGUUUCAGCCCAGCCCCUGCCCCUGCCCCUGCCCAGGCAGUCCUGUGUCCCUCCCUCCCCUCUUCCCCCGUGUUGAUUGCUGUAAACCUUCCCGCAUGCGGGCCUUGGCCUCAUUCACGUCUGGGGACAACGCUUCUGUACUUUGCUGCAGUGCCGCUCCGACUGCCAUGUAGGGCUGCUUCCUGAUUGUGAAGUGGAAUGACAGAUCGAGCUUGUGUGGUACCAUGCAUGGCAGAUGCAAAUUAGGUAACUUACUAUUUAUUCUGAAUAUGAGUUUGCUAUUUAUUCUAAAUGUUGAUUUCAUGUGUUAAGUGACAAUGAACUUACAGCCAAAUAAAAGUUUGAAUUGUA